UCCAUGGCGACAAAUAAUGACAAAAACUCUCCGGCUCGUCAGUUUGCAGCAGCAGCAGCAGCAGCAGUGUGUGGUGGGAGUAACCAAACUCGCAGAAUAACCAAAGAGUGUGGUGAUGAUUUUUGCAUGAGCAGAAGAGGAAACAAUUCUUUAAAAUGAGCAAAAAAUAUGAAUCAACAAAUGUGUCAGAGGUGGAGGAACAUAUCUCUUUGAAAUAUGAAAUCAAGAAGAGACUUGGAAAAGGGGCGUACGGGAUUGUAUGGAAGGCUGUUGACAGACAGACGGGCGAGAUUGUGGCUGUGAAGAAGAUCUUUGAUGCCUUCAGAAACAGGACAGAUGCCCAGCGGACGUUCAGAGAAAUCAUGUUUCUCCAGGAGUUUGGAGAUCAUCCCAACAUCGUCAAACUUCUUAAUGUCAUCAGAGCACAAAAUGAUAAAGACAUUUACCUCAUCUUUGAAUAUAUGGACACUGACCUGCAUGCAGUGAUAAAGAAAGGCACCUUACUGAAGGACAUUCAUAAACGUUAUGUGAUGUACCAGCUCCUCAAAGCCGUCAAAUAUCUGCAUUCAGGAAACGUUAUACACAGGGACAAAAAGCCAUCCAACGUACUCUUGGACACUGACUGUGUUGUCAAGCUGUGUGAUUUUGGCCUGGCUAGAUCACUCAACCAGAUCCAAGAGGACAGUGGGAAUCCAGCGCUGACAGAGUAUGUGGCCACGCGGUGGUACCGAGCUCCUGAGAUCCUGCUGGGGUCCACAAGGUACACUAAGGGUGUGGACAUGUGGAGCCUUGGCUGCAUCCUGGGAGAGAUGCUACUGGGAAAAGCCCUGUUCCCUGGGACAUCCACCAUCAACCAAAUAGAGAAGAUCAUGAGUGCCAUACCACACCCAAGCCCAGAUGAUAUCCUCGCUAUCAAGUCUGAAUAUGGAUCCUCUGUCAUUCAGAGAAUGUUACUAAAACCACAGGUGCCUUUGGAUGAUCUUCUCCAGCCGUCUGUGCCUCCUGAUGCUCUGGACCUGCUGAGGGGUUUGCUAGUUUUUAACCCAGACAAGAGGCUGACUGCUGAGCAAGCUCUCCAGCAUCCAUAUGUCGCCAGGUUCCAUAAUCCAGCCAAGGAGCCGGCUCUUAAUUAUGAUGUAGUGCUCCCAGUGGAUGAUGAUGUGCAAUUAUCUGUGGUUCAAUACCGCAACAAACUUUACGAGAUGAUGCUGGAGAGGAGAACUAAUCAGGGGAUGCUGAGACUGGUCCAGCCGAAGGAUGAAGGCGAUGUCAGUAGCAAGGAUAAGCCUAAGGGGAAAGAAAAAGAGAGGGACCCGGUGACAGCGAGUGGCGACGGGAAUGGUGACCAUGAGGGAAAAACUCAACAUGAAAAGACUGAAGAGACAAACCACUCACCUUCACAUACAGGAAUCACCAAACCUGGGCCUGUGAAUGCAUCAACCCCACCUGCUGUGGAGAAGAUGAGCUCAUCAGUUAGCCCUGGAUGGGGAAAACUCACAUAUAACCCCAUCACACAUGCCCCAAAUGCUUUUGUUCGGAGUCCAGCCGGUGCUUCUCACUACUACCACUCUACUGCAGCCAGCAGGAAACUAGUCGGACAGACCAGUAGUGAAAGUGUAACUACAUCACCAACAGAGGGCACCAACGCUAAUAUAUCCAUGGACCAGAUCCUCCAGCGUGGUCGCUCAGCCCCUGCUGCUCAUAACCGCUCCUUCUCCUUGACCCUAAACCAAACCCAGAACAACCCGCUGGUUCGCAAGGAUGAGCCAUCUCUGUCCUCAGGACUAUACGUCACUUCUGCUCGCCUGAACCAGCGCUCAAACUCUCAGGUUCGUGAGGCUCGGCCGCUGCCCCGGUUCAGCAAGAAAGUAUUUCAGAAUAACUGUAACGUAGCAGCUUCAGGCGACCCUAGAGCCAAACUAGGCAGCUAUUCCCAGGCCUAUGGUACCAUCAACAAGACUGACCUGGACAACCUGCUUCGAAGUCGCCCUUGCAACCAGUAACUAUUGUCAUAUCAGUGGUUACAUAGGGGCUGGGUGUCACAUGUGUUUGAACUCACAACAAAGUUUGCCAGGAUGUCAGGCAUGUAGCAAAAAAAAAAAAAGAAACUGCUAAGACUGAAAGUCAAACACCUCUUGUAUACUGUACAGAUUGUACCCAUGGAGACAUGGAUUUCCAUUCACUGUCUGUGACAGUGAAUAUAUAACAUCCAAUGUUAUUUCAUAUCACAUUUAUCAAAUUGCAAUUCAUGAAAAACAUCAACAUUUCUCCAACAUGUUUUACUCAGCUGCAUUUCUCACAGGGACCCUUGGACCUUCAGGGGCCCCACUGGCACCAUUUUCAUCAAGUGUUACUUAGUUUGUGGUAAUUUGAUUAAAAUGAAAAUGUUGUCUUGUUUACAUGUUUUCUAUAGAGGUAUUGUGUCAAAAUUCACACAUACUAAAUAUUCCUAAAUACAUUUGUAUUUAAAUAAACUAUCACAAGCAGGUUCCCACAGAUUAUUUUAGCCCUGGGGGCCCACUAGAGAUUAGUGCAUCCACGAUUUCUCAUGUUGAUCUAUGUAGUUAAUGACCUAUAAGCUUAAUGGCAAGUACAUUAAGCCAGUGAGUUUCACAUGGACAGAGAAUAACUGUAAGAUAUGCAAAUAGUUGUAAUUAUAUGUCACAACGAGUUAUUUUUCAUGUGAAGACAACAGCAAUAAGCCUAUUUGUUCCUCUAAUGUGUACAGAAAUAAAACUGAUUCUUGAGCACGGUUUAUAAUGUUUAACAGACAUGAAUGACUGUGGCAGCAAACCAGCAUAAAGUGUAAUAAUAAACUACUGUACCGCAUCAUG